AUGUAUAUGCAAGAUGUGAGAUGCAACGACGACGAUGUUGGUGUGGAGGUACUGUUGCCUCCGACCGAGUGCGCGACUGCUGUUGCCGAAGCUCGGCCCAACUUCAGCUCUGAGGGCUCUCUCCACAACACCGAUUUCCUUUCGUCCCAACCCGCAACCACAACAAUAACAUCAACAUUAGACAAAAUACUCGGAAGAGCGCACUCGCGCCAUCUCAGCACGACUGCUUUCAUCCGUGAUGGAUGCGAUGCCUACAGGAAACAACCCAUGAUAUAUGUAUCCCACGUCGAACUUUGUAGUCGCCGAGAGCUACACACACCUUUAGGAUUCCAUAGGCAAAUGGUGGCCAUAGUAUCAGCUUGAUGCCGAGCUGCGACCGCUGAUUCGGGUUCGCUUGGGCUCGACAAACGCAUCCGACUUCACUUUGUUGGCUACAGCGGGCCAGCAGGCAUCUCUCGCUUAACCAAGUCUCCCGCUGAGAGAGAGCCUCGACUCUCGACUUCCUUUCGAAAGACAUGUACCUCAACAAACUUUAUCUGCUCUUCCAACAGCAAAUCGAGUCCUAUUACAC